GCCUGGAGAGGAGGAAUAAAAGGAUCAUAGACUCCCAGCCCGGCCUAGAGCGGCUCUUAAGUGGCGGGGAGAGCCGGGCGGGCGGGCGGGGACCACCUUCAGAGCUGGCCGCUGGCGGUAUCAUGGCGACCCGGAACCCCCCUCCCCAAGAAUAUGAAAGUGAUGAUGAAUCUUACGAAGUGUUGGAUUUAACUGAGUAUGCAAGAAGACAUCACUGGUGGAAUCGAGUGUUUGGUCACAGUUCCGGACCUAUGGUAGAAAAAUACUCUGUAGCCACCCAGAUUGUAAUGGGUGGAGUGACUGGCUGGUGUGCAGGAUUUUUGUUCCAGAAAGUUGGAAAACUUGCAGCAACUGCUGUAGGUGGUGGCUUUCUUCUCCUUCAGAUCGCCAGUCAUAGUGGCUAUGUUCAGGUUGACUGGAAAAGAGUUGAAAAAGAUGUAAACAAAGCAAAGCGACAGAUAAAGAAACGAGCAAAUAAAGCAGCACCUGAAAUCAACAAUAUAAUUGAAGAAGCAACAGAAUUUAUCAAACAGAACAUCGUGAUAUCCAGUGGAUUUGUGGGAGGCUUUUUGUUAGGCCUUGCAUCUUAAGGACAUGAAUGUGCUAUCACAGUGAAAUCACUGUGAGAAGAGAAAUGGUGGUGACAAAGGGUCUCAACAUUGUGUGCUGCCACGUUCUGCAGGGAGAUGAGAAACACCUAGUUGGACAGUAUCAAGCUCACAACGUAGCAUUUUGCCGUUAGAAGCUUGGCAAACAAACUAUAGUAUCUGCUAUAAAACAAUCUGUAUGGUUUGUGUACAGUAGUAGUCCUGGGCAAAACAUGACUUUUGUUAUUUUUUUAAAAUAUGCAUUUGUUUAGAAAUUAGCCCAGAAAAUAUCAUCAUUGAAUAGAUAUGGGGAGAAAAAAAAAUCGCUUGGAUAUAUUCCCCGGUGAUAUAUUCUUGUUUCAUUUAAGUAAGAUUUUUUCAUUGUGCUUUAUAGUAUAUUGGCAAUAUUUAAAGAUUGUGUUAUAGCUUUAGCAUUAGGGCUGACCUUUUUUAAAGUUCCUUAAACAUUAUGAAUGCCCUUUUGUGGAAGAAUUUAGAAAUAAUAGAAUCAUUAUCAGAAUUUAAGCUGUCUUUUCUUGCAACUCUUUGCUUAUAUAAUAACUGUACUGAACAAUAUCAAAGAAGACUCAUUUGAUUUUUUUAAUGUAAAAUUAUAAAAGUAUUUAACCUGUUCCUGGGUUUGAUACCCAACACUGCUAAAGAAAAAAAAGUAUAUAAGCUAUUUUUUUUUUAUCAAUUUAUUUAUCCAUGUAGGUUGGACAAAGGUAAUUAUUUUGAAGGUUCAUAUUGUUAGGUCACUGACUCAUUUUGUUAACUGAAUGAACUUUCUUUCUUCCUAAAGUCCUAGUUAUUAUGUUGACCCCUUUUCAGAAAGAUAAUGCCAUGUGAAGUACUUAGUAUAUUGCAAUUUUUAAAAACUUGAACAAUGAUUUUCAGCAUAAUUAUGAAAUUGUAACUUAAAGAGAAUUGUCUUCUUGAUGUAAUCUGUGGAUUGCAACCCUGUAUUGGGCCACAGAACUGAAUGUGUAUGGGGGUUCAUAAAAAUCUUAAAAUUUGUUUUAAAAUAAAUUUAUGAUUUAUUAUCAGUAAA